GCGGCGGCCUCACGGCUCCCGCCCGCGCGCCGCACGCACGCGCACUGCGCCCAACAUGAGGGUCGCGGCUCUGAUCAGUGGUGGAAAGGACAGCUGUUACAAUAUGAUGCAGUGUGUUGCUGCUGGGCAUCAGAUUGUUGCUUUAGCAAAUCUAAGACCGGCUGAAAAUGAAGAGGGGUCUGAUGAACUGGAUAGCUACAUGUAUCAGACAGUGGGUCAUCAUGCCAUUGACUUGUAUGCAGAAGCAAUGGCUCUUCCCCUCUAUCGCCGAACCAUAAGAGGAAGAAGCUUGGAUACAGGACAAGUAUAUACCAAAUGUGAAGGUGAUGAAGUUGAAGAUCUCUAUGAGCUUUUGAAACUUGUUAAGGAGAAAGAAGAAGUAGAAGGCAUAUCAGUAGGUGCUAUACUUUCUGACUAUCAGCGAAUUCGAGUAGAAAAUGUGUGUAAAAGGCUUAAUCUCCAGCCUUUAGCUUACCUUUGGCAGAGAAACCAGGAAGAUUUACUGCAAGAGAUGAUAUCAUCUAACAUUCAAGCGAUUAUUAUCAAAGUAGCAGCUUUGGGUUUAGAUCCAGAUAAACAUCUUGGGAAAACCCUGGAUCAAAUGGAACCUUAUCUUUUAGAGCUUUCUAAGAAGUAUGGAGUCCAUGUUUGUGGAGAAGGUGGAGAAUAUGAAACAUUCACUUUGGAUUGCCCUCUGUUUAAGAAGAAAAUAAUUGUGGAUUCAUCCGAAGUAGUCAUACAUUCAGCUGAUGCAUUUGCACCUGUGGCUUAUCUACGCUUUUUAGAAUUGCACUUGGAGGACAAGGCAAGUAAAAUCAAGAGUGUUAUUUCAAAACUGAGUAUGCUCUGUAUAUAUAAUUCUGUAACAGAAAAUGACAGGAUAAAGAAAGUGGAUUUUAGCACUGGAUAA